AUGCGUCUCCUACCCUGCUUGACGAUCCUGGCCGUAGGGCUGAUGGCCCCCGUGCUGGCUUACCCUGGUCCGAGUCCAGCUGCUCCAUCUACCGGUACAUCUACACUAUCAAAUUUUCCUAAGCCGCCGGUUAAAACGCCGAUAAAGCCCUUCCAACCAGACUGCGCAGCAAUUCUCUGCAUCGCCGAGAUGCAAGUCGUCUACGACCAAACAACUGGUACCUGUGGCUGUGAAUGGAUCCCCGGCUUCGGGCCCGCAGCUAUCGACACCAGAAGUGCCGACGUCGUCGAGGUCGACCCGUCAACUUGCCCGACUAUCCGUUGCAGAGCCGGCUACCACGCCCUCUACCUACCCAGCAAGAAAGUGUGUACCUGCGUGCCUGAUGCGCCGGAUCCAAGCACGUGUCCGACGCUCGAGUGCACUUCGACGACGCACCCGGUCUACCACCCCGAGACGAAGAGCUGCUCGUGCGAGCCCAACGCUCUCGUCUGUCCGAACAUCAUCUUCUGCGCCGCGGGCAGCACGAAAGUGCAAGAUCCCAAGACGAAGGUGUGCGCGUGCAAGAUCACGAACCCGAUUCCCGCGACGUGUCCGCUGUUCAAGUGCGUGCAAGGCACCCACGUGGUGUACCACCCGGAAACCGACAAGUGCAGCUGCGACACCGACUGCCCUGAUCUCAUCUGCAUCGCGGAAAAGCAGCCGGUGUGGGACUCGGCCACCAACAGCUGUAGCUGCCAGUGGAUCCCGGGUCUGGAACCAUCCCCGGAUCCGAUGGCCGUGACGGCGCGCAGCGCCACCGCCAUGUCUACGACUCCAACCCUGCCUCCAAGACCGACAGCGCGUUCACCAAUCACCUCCAAACCCAAGCCCAAGCCUACGAUCAAACCAGGCCCGCUUCCUGGAUGUAGAGACGUCUUCUGCAUCUCAGAACAACACCCCGUGUUCAAUGCCACAUCGGGAAAGUGCGAAUGCGAAUGGAUUCCCGGGCUAGAACCUUCCUUAAUUGUCUAG